UGGAAGCCCUUCACUAUUCCGUCAAUGGCUACCAAUUCAUGUUCUCUCUUCUGGGUUCUGCUUCUAAUUCUUCUCCAAAUCACCCUAUCAAAUGGGUCUGAAUCCACAACACCCAGAAGCCUAAUGGAAGAAGCCACAGUCGAUGAUCUCCAACUCGCUUUCAAGCAAAAGCUUCUUACUUCAAGGCAAGUCGUGCAGUUCUACCUGGACCAAAUCCAAAAACUCAACCAAGACCUCAGAGGAGUCUUAGAGAUAAACCCAGAUGCUUUAUCUCAAGCUGACAUAGCAGACAAAGAGCGCAGUGAAUUUGAAUCCAGUUUUCGUACACUGCCUAAGCUUCAUGGGAUUCCUGUUUUGCUGAAAGAUAAUAUAGCAACCAAGGACAAGCUUAACACGACUGCUGGGUCUUUUGCUCUUUUGGGUUCUGUAGUGCCUAGAGAUGCUGGGGUUGUCUCAAAGUUGAGGAUCUCUGGGGCUAUCAUUUUGGGGAAGGCUACUUUGAGUGAAUGGGCUUAUAUCAGAUCAUCUACAGCACCUUAUGGUUGGAGUGCCCGAGGUGGUCAAGGAGUGAAUCCUUAUAAUUCAUCACUAGAAGUUUGUGGAUCAAGUAGUGGAUCCGCAAUAUCAGUUUCUGCAAAUAUGGUAUCAGUCGCGCUAGGAACGGAGACCGAUAGCUCCAUCUUAUGUCCAGCCAGUUUUAACUCGGUAGUGGGAUUCAAACCAACUGUUGGUCUUACUAGUCGAGCAGGCGUCAUCCCAGUCAGUCCAAGACAGGACACAAUUGGGCCAAUUUGUAGGACUGUAGCAGAUGCAGUUCAUGUCCUUGAUACCAUUGUUGGCAUUGAUAGCAAUGACAACACGACAAGUGAAGUAUCCCAGUAUAUUCCAGUGGGCGGCUAUGGCCAGUUUCUCAAUUCUAGUGGUCUCAAAGGGAAGAGACUGGGGAUAGUCAGUCGCAUGUUUCUUCCGCUCAAGGAUGAUGCUUUCUUGAAUCAAACUUUUGAGCAGCAUUUUACCACACUGAGGGAACAAGGUGCAAUUUUGGUUGAGAAUCUUGAAAUAGCCAACCUUGAAGAUAUUCGCGAUUUUACUUCAAGUGGUGAGUUUGUAGCAAUGUUAGCUGAAUUCAAGAUUGCCUUGAAUGCUUACCUGGGUGACUUGGUGAAAUCUCCUGUGAGAACCUUAGGCGAGGUUAUAGCAUUCAACAAGAAUAAUUCUUAUCUGGAAAAGAAUGAUGAUUAUGGACAAAAUCUUUUAGAAGCAGCUGAGGAGACUAAAGGAAUGGGGGAGAAAGAGCUGGAGGCAUUGUCAAAUAUAGCGACACUAUCUAGAGAUGGAUUUGAGAAGUUGAUGGCAGAUAAGAACUUAGAUGCAUUGGUGACUUAUGCUAAUACCGCUUCUUCUAUCCUCGCAAUUGGUGGUUUCCCGGGCAUUGUUGUGCCUGCAGGAUAUCAUGAUGCUGAUAAGUACCCUUUUGGAAUUUGCUUUGGGGGACUGAAGGGUUCGGAGCCAAAACUGAUUGAGAUUUCCUAUGCCUUCGAGCAAGCAACUAUGAUCAGGAAGCCUCCAACUGUUGAUUCCCACUACCAAAGCAUCCCUACUGCCACAAGAAGCUCCAACCUAGCUACUCAAUAGCACCACCAGGAAAGUUCAAGUCACUUUAGCUUGUAUGAUAGUAGUGUGGCUCUAAUACUAAGCUUGGCUAUUAACGGUGCAAGUCUGAUAAUGUUGCUAAAGAAUAAACAGUGCCGUUAACUAAAGUCACAGUUUUGCGUAUGGUUCUGCAGGUUUUGUUGAUGUGGAUCAAAAUGUCGAAAUCUUAUGGUAAGCCAACUUGGCUGUUGAGUUGUAAAUUCACAUUGGCUGUUGUACAUGUUCUCCACAUACUAUGGUUGAUGUAUUCAGAGCCUGAUAAGUAUUUUCCUAAA